AUGAUUGAUACGCCAACGAGGCCUGCCCGGUCCCAUAACAAGCCGCAAGCAAACGCCAUGGCUGACAAGGUCUGCGCCCACAACAAGUCGGCUGCGAGCAAGGCAAUUGCUCGGGUUGAAGACCAGAGGAGAAGCUAG